AUGUCUGUAGAUACGAGUUAUAAAAGUGAACAACGUAACGUUGAUUAUAUGAGUGGUGCAAGAUAUAAAGGAGAUUAUAAAAAUGGACAACGACAUGGUCAAGGUAAACUUAUUUUAAAUAAUGGCUCAUUUUAUGAUGGACAAUUUAUGAAUAAUGAAAAACAUGGUUUUGGUACAUAUAAAUGGGCGAGUGGUGCUAUUUACGAAGGACAAUUUUCACAUGAUCAACCGCAUGGAAAAGGAAAAUUAGUAGCAAACAAUGGAGAUAGUUAUGAAGGAAAUUGGCUUAAUGGUAAACGUCAUGGUCAAGGAAAAACGACAUGGAAAAAUCAAGAUUCAUAUGAAGGUAAUUAUGAUAAAAAUGAAAAACAUGGUCAUGGUACACAUAUAUGGAGAAGUAAAGGAUCAAAGUAUACUGGUGAAUGGCAACAUAAUCUUCCUCACGGUGAAGGUCGAUAUGAAUAUGGAAAUGGUGAUGUAUAUGAAGGAGAAUUUUAUGAAGGAAAAAGACAGGGACGUGGAAAAAUGACGUAUGCCAAUGAAGAUUCUUAUGAAGGUGAAUAUGCUAAUGAUUUAAAACAUGGUGAGGGAAAAUUUUUAUGGUCUAGUGGUGAUUCAUAUCAUGGACAAUUUAUUGAUGGACUUCCAGGAGGAAAUGGAGAAUAUAUAUGGGCAUUAAAAGAGUCAAAUACUGAUUCAACAACAUCACUUCUUCUUCCUCCUCCUCCUCCUUCAACUGUUGAAAAAAGACGAUUGCGAUCAGAAAGACGAGAUCCAAAAAGGGAUACUAUAAAACAAACACUCGAUCGUCUUUCACGACCUGAAUCAGUAUCAGAUCGUAUUUUUAUUAGUACUGGUGCUUCAGAAUCGUUUUAA